AGGACGAGUCGAACGCAUUUCUUCACCGCCCGACGCCCUCCUCCCGUUUCUGUUCUUCUUUCAUCAUCUCCCGCAGUCUCGCUCGCUCACCUCCCGAGUCCCGACCCCCUCCUCCUGUUUCGCUCCUCGCCCCGCCGCUCGACCCGCGCCUCCAUCGCUGGAUCUGCCUCGAGCCAUCACCGGUGAAGAGCAGGCACCAGCGCAGGAAAGGGGGUUUCGAUUUUCCUUGCAGUUUGUGCCUUGGAUUCGUUCUCUUCCUCAAGCAAAGGAUCCUAGAGUCCUCUUCGUCGCUACCCGUCGUCUAUCUGGUGUCAUCUCCGAGUCAGAGGAGGAGACGGAUGGCAUGAAGCAACCUGCCAAGAAUGAAAGCCUGGGUUACCCCCGGCACAAGUAGAAGAACACCAGCAACUGAGCCACAGGGAGGAAGGGAAGGAAGAGGGGGAGAUGGGCAACUGCGGCACGCGAGAGGAGAAUGCCGUCGUCGCUGCGCAUGCUCAAGUUCAGCAGCUCCACUUGUUACAACAUCCUGCCAAGAACGCCAUUGCCGAUAGGAAGCACACCCGCACCUCAUCAGAUUUAAGUGAUCCUUCAACACCUAGGAAAAUUGAAGAUGCCAAGAACAUUUCCAUAUACAAUGAUGUGAUUGCCUUUACAUUGUUUGAGCUCGAGACAAUCACAAAGAGCUUCCGUGCUGAUUAUGUUCUUGGUGAAGGAGGAUUUGGGACUGUUUACAAGGGUUACAUAGAUGAGAAUGUCAGGGUUGGGCUGAAGUCACUGCCUGUUGCAGUCAAGGUGCUCAACAAAGAUGGGCAUCAAGGGCACAGAGAAUGGCUUACUGAGGUUAACUUCCUGGGACAAUUAAGGCAUCCAAAUUUGGUGAAGUUGAUUGGAUAUUGCUGUGAAGAUGACCACCGGCUUCUUGUCUACGAGUUCAUGUUUCGAGGAAGUCUAGAAAAUCACUUAUUCCGAAAGACAGCUAUGCCAUUACCCUGGGGUACUAGGAUGUCAAUCGCAUUGGGAGCUGCUAAAGGGCUUGCCUGCCUCCACAACGCUCAAAGGCCUGUCAUCUACAGAGAUUUUAAGACCUCAAAUAUUCUGCUGGACUCUGAUUAUACAGCUAAACUGUCUGAUUUUGGCCUGGCAAAAGCUGGCCCUGAAGGUGAUGAGACUCAUGUAUCAACACGGGUGAUGGGAACCUAUGGUUAUGCUGCCCCUGAAUAUGUCAUGACUGGUCACUUGACUGCUAGAAGUGAUGUCUACAGCUUUGGUGUUGUCCUCCUGGAGCUCUUGACAGGGCGAAAGUCAAUUGACAAGUCACGGCCCAGCAGGGAGCAGAGUCUGGUUGACUGGGCCCUCCCCAAGCUCAAUGACAAGAGGAGGCUUCUCCAAAUAAUUGACCCGAAACUGGAGGGGCAGUAUUCGGUCAGAGCUGCUCACAAAGCCUGCAGCCUUGCAUUCUACUGCUUGAGCCACAACCCCAAGGCAAGGCCACUUAUGAGUGAUGUCGUCGAAACCCUAGAGCCAUUGCAGGGCAGCGGUGGAAGCGAUGGAUCCGGUCAAUCUUCCGGCCUACCUGACUAUAGAGUUCGUCGCAGGCUAACCGGGAACAGCGUCCACUUUAGGGCCAUCCCAAACCCCAAGUGCUCCCCUGUUGUCCCAGCAUGCAGAGUGAGGUAAUGGUGAUGCUUGAAUUUCUGCUGGAAUAGGUUCAGUUGUAUAUUGCGAGGUCUAAACCGCGGGUGGUGUGGGUGCAUGUGUGCACUUGUUCUGUGGUGCUGUCACUGCUGUGUGCGUUUGGGGUCUUUUUGUUUUUCGGGUUUUGGCCAGCGUUUUGAUGUGUAAAUUUGAUCCGCAUACUGCUGCUUGUAAGGCCCUCUAAUUUUCACAGUGGUCUUCCUUGA